AAAUCUCGAUUGUUCCGCCUAUGGUUACUGAGCCGUACCAGCAGGCCUUCAUCCUCAGCACUCCAGUCACUGUCCAGUUCUCGGGAGAUUGACAGUUAAUAGCCCCAGCUGAGGGGGCGGGGGAUGCCAGUUGGCUUGGCUAUCCUUCGGGUGGAUUUCUGCGGUCUUUAGGUCGGGGGAGGCGGAGCGAGGAAGAGAAGCGAGGCUGCUGUGACUACGCGUGGGAUGAAAGAAAGGAGGAGACAGAGAUUGUCGUUGCCUCUGCUGCCGACAGCUAGCGGUGUACCCAAGGCAGGCCGACCGCUUCCGGUUUUGUCAUUCUAAAGUCCGACCUACCGGCCUUUCUCUCCCCCUUUUUUCUUCUCGAAGCCGAUUGGUCUUGUCUUGCUUUAAAUGAAGGAGAGAGCCGGGGAUAUUUUCAUUUCCCCUCAUCAGCUAGAAUCACUUCAUAAGGAGAAGUGGUCUUAAUUGUAUGUGUUUGGAAUAUCUUUAUUUCAUUUAAAUCCUUGAGAUUCAAAGAAAGAGAAACUGGCAGUGCAUAUUCAGUCUCCCAAGCUUUUCAUUCUUCUGCUCUUGCAAUGAUCAAAUGCUUGCCUGAAGAAAUACAAACCAGUUUGCGGUCUGGAGUGGCCAUCAGCUCACUAGGCCAGUGUGUUGAGGAGCUUGUCCUUAACAGCAUAGAUGCUAAAGCAACAUGUGUGGCUGUCCGAAUGGAUUUGGAGACCUUUAAGGUCCAGGUGGUGGAUAAUGGCUUUGGGAUGGGAAGAGAAAACCUUAACAAAGUGGGAAAUAGGUAUUUUACCAGUAAAUGUUUUUCAGUGGAAGACCUAGAAAAUCUAAAGUGUUAUGGCUUCCGUGGAGAAGCUUUGGCAAGCAUAGCAAGUGUGGCCAGUAUAUUGGAAAUAUCAUCGAAGACAAAUAAGGUAGCAAAAACCUUAUUGAAAAUCUUUCACAAUGGAAAAGGACUCGAAGUCUCUGAAACAGAAUUGAAUAGACCAAGUGCUGGAACAACAGUGACUGUGUACAAUUUAUUCCACCAGUUACCUGUGAGGAGAAAGUGUAUGGAUUCCAUACUGGAAUUUGAGAAAGUGAGGCAUAAAGUAGAGGCUCUUUCUCUUAUUCAUCCCUCUGUCUCCUUUUCUUUAAGGAAUGAUGCUUCCUGUUCAAUGUUGCUUCAGUUAUCAAAGACAAAAGAUACCUGCUCUAGGUUUUGUCAGAUUUAUGGUCUAGGUAAAUCCCAGAAAUUACGAGAAAUAAAUUAUAAAUCUGCAGUGUUUGAGAUAAGUGGUUUUAUCAGUUCUGAAGGGCAUUACAAUAAGAGUAUUCAGUUUUUAUAUGUGAAUAGUAGACCGGUAUUAAAAACAAGAAUGCAUAAACUUAUUGAUUUUUUAUUAAGAAAACAAAGUAGUAUAUGUAAGGCAAAAAGUGGGUCUUUGACUUCAAGUCCUGCUCGUCAGCGGUCUGGCCCAGAGCUCCAUGGUGCCUUUGUCAUCAAUGUGAAAUGUCCACAUGAUGAAUAUGAUGUGUGUUUGGAACCUGCAAAAACUCUAAUAGAAUUUCGCUGCUGGGAUGCUCUCCUAGCUUGCAUUGAGGAAGGAGUAAAAGAAUUUUUAAAGCGAGAACAUCUAUUUAUUGAGCUGUGCGGUGAAGAUAUUAAAGAAUUUAAUGAAAAGAAUGGCUUUUGUUUAGUUAAAACUGAAUAUUUACAGCCUUCUCUGCCUGAGGAGAAGGAUAUGCAGGAGAGUUUUAAGAAAGCUUGUGAUAAUAUUGUGGAUUCUUAUGAAAUAUUUAAUUUGCAGUCAAAGUCUGUGAGAAGGAAAAGAACUCUUGCAAAGAUGACACCAGAUCACGUAGGACCUACUAACAAUUUGGAAGGAACAGAUGUUGGCUCAGGUUUGACUGGUAUUGAACCUGUUCAUGAACUGAGUAGUAGUAAAGUGGAGAAUCUUCUGCCGAACAAAAUUGGCAGUAUCGAUUUGCAAAAAUUGGGUAGCCUACACCAAGAGUCAAACAUUCCUGUUAAUCUCCCAGCUGAGGUCAUGAAUUCCAAUUGUUCAGAAGAAAUCAGCGUACAAGACAGGUCAGUUGUUUCAGCAAUAGACAAGUAUGCUGGUACUUCACUUUGUACUGAGAAAUAUGAUAAAGAUGCAAAUAGCCUACAAGAUAGAGAUUUUCAGGAAAGUAUCCCCAACGCUGUCACUCUGGGAUACACUGAAGCUAUGGAAGAUGUUAAUGAGUUUAAAGGUGAAUUUCCUUUUGGACAUGGUUUGAUGGGAAAAUAUAAGCUUGUGAAAGACAGUAGAGUACCUUCUUUAUUAUCAAAUGCCAGUGGAGAAGUAAUGGGACACGAACAAUUGAAGUUGGGUUCCACAGGCCUUAUAACUCACCUGAUGCAAAAUCUGCCACCACGUGAAACAGAAAUUAACAUUUCAUUUAACAGACUGUCAAAAGUGGGCCCAAUAAGUGCCAAGGCUAUAUUUGAAAAAAAGCUACGGUUUUCAGAGCAAACUCAAAGUUCUCAAGAACAUUUGAGGCUAACCAACACAGCAACUGGAAAUGAAUGCAUGGAGAAGGGGAAUGUAUCAGGUCAAAAGAAUGAGGUAGCUUCAUUUCCUGCAAAUGGUAGUGCCAACUUUGUAAUGUCGCAUGUCAAAGAAUGUAUUUCUAUGUCACCUUCAGGUUCUGUUCAUCAUUUAGGCAGUGCAACUCGGAAUAAGCAAAUAGCUGAGCUUUCAGCGAUGCCUAGAUAUUGUGGCUUUACAAAACUAAGCUUGCAUCCAAAACUGGGAUCAUUGGAUAGAUUCAGGAGACAUUAUGGGAGUAUAAAGAGUAUACCACCAAUAACUAAUGUGGAAAAGAGGAAUGAGGUUGAAAUGCCAGGCUCUGGCAGAUCUCCUACUGAUGAGAAUGCAGAUCACCAACACUCUAGUAUUUGUGAAACUGCAACUAAGGAGCAUGUUGUGUCUAAUCAUACUGGCCACAAUUGCCUUCUUUCUUUAGAAAAACCUCAGCACUCCACAGAAGAAAAUCUAUUAAGCAGAAAAGCUUUUCAUGGAAAGGAGAGUCCUCCGUUACUGACAGAUUACUCUGAAAUUAAAAAGAAAUCUCUUUCUGGCACUAAAUUCACAGGAACACUUGCCUCUAAAGUGUCUAGAAUGAAGAACAGCCUUAAAGAAAUGUUAAUUAUAGAACCUAUAGGGCAACCUUCAGAACAAUUCCAAGCACAUUCAAGCCAAAAAGAUGGAGACAGACAGGAUCGCUUAUCUCAAAACAAACUUUCGCAGAGUGCUAGUCAAAUACCUCAAAUUUCCCCAAGAAGAGUAGGGACAGAGAGUUUCUGUUUUGCCUCAGCCUGUGAUGAGGAGAAUAAUCCUGUGGGAAUCUCUAGCACAAGACUAGGAGAUGUGGAAGAUACAGACAACCAUUGUUUCAUUGACACUGAUGGGGAAUAUAUAGAUUCCCAAAACAGAAGUUUAGCUUUGUUCAAUAAAGAGGUUGAUUCUGAAGGCUCCUGCGAAAAUACAGGCAUUAUGGGUAGAACUACAGAGCAAGCCACGAAACCCUGUGAACUCCAAAAUGUGAAUUUGACCAGUAACAUGGAAGAUGCAGAUGAUUUGAGAGCAAGUGAGAAGGAAGAGUCACAAUUGCAUCUGUCUGAGUGGCUUCAUCAGUUUGAUACAUCAUUGGGUAGGACAGUAUACAUCAACAAAAUGACUGGACUGAGCACCUAUAUUGCUCCUCGUAGUGAGGAACCUCAGGCUGUAUGUACUAAAGAUAUAAGCACAAUGGCUGUAAAUGUCAUGGAGGGUGGGUUUCAGUGCAGAUGUCACCCCUUUAGAAGUGAGCUUAUUGUGCCCUUCCUUCCAAGACCUCGGAAAGAGAGGAGUUUAGCAAGGCAAGAUGUCAGAGAUUCUCAAGGAGAAUCUCUCCAGUCCUUGUUUUCAGAGUGGGACAAUCCUGUGUUUGCUCAUUUUCCAGAGGUUGCUGUUGAUGUGAGCAGUGGGCAGGCUGAUAGUCUUGCUGUGAAAAUCCAUAACAUUCUGUAUCCGUACAGGUUCACCAAGAAGAUGAUUGAUUCGAUGCAGGUUCUUAAUCAAGUGGACAAUAAAUUUAUUGCUUGUUUAAUCAACACUAGGGCAGAUGAGAAUGAAGACACAGGUGGAAACCUACUUGUGCUGGUGGAUCAGCAUGCAGCCCAUGAGCGUGUCCGCCUUGAGCAACUUAUUACAGAUUCUUAUGAGAAGCAACCUGAAGCACUGGGCAAAAAGAAAUUGCUGGCAUCUACUGUUUGUCCCCCAUUGGAGAUUGAGAUAACAGAGGAGCAGAGGAGACUUUUAUGGCGCUGUCACAAAAGUCUAGAGGAUGUAGGUCUUGAAUUGUCCUUUCCAGAGAACAAUCCCUCUCAGAUUCUUAUUGGAAAAGUGCCACUAUGUUUUGUGGAGAGAGAGGCCAAUGAAUUGCGCCGUGGAAGACAGACAGUGACGAAGGGCAUUGUGCAAGAGUUCAUUCGAGAACAAAUUGAGCUUCUGCAGACCAUGGGAGGGGCACGAGGGACACUGCCUCUAACAAUUCUGAAGGUGCUGGCUUCCCAGGCUUGUCAUGGUGCUGUUAAGUUCAAUGACCACUUGACUUUGGAGGAAAGCUGCCAUCUUAUGGAAGCUUUGUCAUGUUGUCAGUUACCUUUCCAAUGUGCUCAUGGGAGACCCUCCAUGCUGCCUCUUGCUGAUGUAGAUCAUUUGCAGCAAGAAAGUCAGCCUAAACCCAAUCUGGAUAAAUUAAGGAGAAUGGCAAAACGCUGGCAACUUUUCAGGAAAGAGAAAGACUGUUAUACAUGAAAGUGUUGGCAGAUUUUAGAAUUUCAAUGAAAAUGGAUGCCACCUAACGGGUAGUACUUGAGGCAAGCGCCUCUACAUGUUCCUAUUCUGGAACACAGAUUACCGUGGGACAUGGAUCAACUCUGAAAGCAGAAGAAGAGACGCAACUUUGGCAUUCUGAAUGCAGCCGACACUAGUACCUGUCUAAUAUUUAUAUCUUCAUGUUAGGGAACACCUGAGGCAAAAUCUUAAGGGUUAUGCCCCUGAAAGAUAUGGAAUGGCUCACCUUGCACUUUGAAAAGCACUUAAUUACACAGUGCUAGUGCAAGAUGAGUCAUUUUUAAUAAUUAAAAAAAUCACACCCACUUCAUUGCUUUUAGUAACUGAAGUAAGCAGUAGCUAUAGCUUUAUGGUUUCAGACAGGUACAGUAUUUGAUCAGAAUUGUUGCUUAACCCAAAUUUUUAUAGCACCUAUCCAAAUAUUUUUGUCACUUUGUAUUUUAAAUUACAUUUAAAUACUGAUUUAUAUUAUUAAAAUAAUGCAAGCCGGAGUUUCUGAUUGAAAUGCUACCAAAAACAAAAGGGCCUUCCAUCUGAGUGCCUCUCAUAGCAUUUUGAUGCUAUCUUGCAGUAUGGGUUACUUUAACUUGCUUGAAUGCAAGUAUCCUCAAUGUUUAAUUGAAACAAGAAUGAGAAUACAGUAUUUUCAAUUGUAUUUUAUGGCUAAUGUUGAGCCUGGAUAGCUAAUCUUUUCUGCUCUACCUCCCAUUUCAAGAAGCAAAGUAGAAGGAGCAAGGAGCUUGGGCAAUUACAAGGCACAUUUAUUAUUAUAGAUUGAAGGUAGCUUAGCAGCUGUGAGCAAAUUCCCUGAAUUCUGGCCUUUAUAUGAUCCUAAAACAUUCUCAGAAAACCAUUGUCUUUCAAUAAAGUUGACAAAACACACCUAGACUAGAGGAGUACUGUUUCCAACAGAGAAAGCAUAGGUCAAAUAAAAUAUAUUUUUAAGACAGUAAUUCCAUUUUCUGCAGUUUGACAUUUUGUUUAGCUGCUUUUUCUUCAGAUAAAAGUAUACAUUUAUUCUGUGAUAUAAAUUAUGGCUAUAGCUCAAAGUUCACGAUCAUCUGGGUGAUAGAGUUCACUCAUGAGACGAUAGAUGUAGGAAGGAGCAUUGCCACCAAUGUUUGAAAUGAAGAGUGUGAUAAGUUCUGGAGGAACAUAGUCAAAGACUGGACAAUAAACAUUGACCUUAGACAGAAUUUCUCCUGAAAGAAAAAUAUUCACGAGUGAAAAAUGAGCAACAGAAGAGAAUAAGAAGCAAUUUGGCCUUAUACCUAGCAUGUGUACAUGUUUGAUUUUAUUUUUGUAAGCUGCCCUGAGUGCCCUAUUACAGGGUAGAAGGGUGGGAUAGAAAUAUUUUAAAUAAAAUAAAAAAAUAUGGAGCAUAAGCAUCAGCGAAAGAAGGAUGACAGGCAGCAAAAAAAAGAAGAGAAGCCUAACUUGCCUCAUGUGCCCUGUUACUUAAAGCUAAAGUAUAGAAAAGUUGUAUAGUGCAAUCGUAAGUAUGUUUAUUCAAAAGAAAGCCACACUGUUAAUCCCCCAGAAUUGCAGUGUUUAAGCCAUGUCUGGGAAUUUAUGGUCCUCCAGAUGCUGCCAAUCUGUAAAUUUCAUCAUCCCUGGCUAUUGCCCAUGCUGGCUAGAGCUGAUGGAAGGUGAAGUCCAGCAAUGUCUGGAAGGCAACAAAUCCCAUCCCUCGCUUAAGAAUUCUUUGGCAUCCAUUCAGGCCAUCAAAUGAAACUUUACAGAUACUGUACAUAAAUCUUAGUCAAAAUUUUGCUCCCUCAAAUUUGGUGGGCUAGUUCUUAUGAAAAUCAGUAUCAGAUGUGACCCCCCCCCAAGUCCAGAUGCUAAAAGGACAACUUUCAGAUAUGCGGUGUCCUUCAGAGGGGAAGACGUGGCUAAAAGAUAAUUUAAAAAAAAUAGGGUCCAUCAAGUCCAUCGGAUAUGGGGUAGAGAGGAAGAUCCAUGGGUGGGGCAGGAACCUGGAGGAGUGCCUCUAAUUAAGAUCUUCAGGUAUGGGCAGGUAUGUACAAGAGGAGGUGAACCUUCAGGUAACCUGAUCCCAGGUCUUUCAGGGCCUUAAAAUGUUAAUACCAGCACUUUGAAAUUGGGCCCAGAAAUAGACUAGACGCUCCUGCAGGUGGCACAGCACAGGCUUGAAGUGCUGAUAUCUGGCCAUCCUCAUUAAUAACAUCACUGCCUUCUUCUGAGCCAGCUGCAGUUUCCUGACUCUUAAUAGUUAUAACAAUUGCUUAGGUCACUAUCCAUAGCUGUUCAGAAAUUAUAGAUCUGAAAGGAGAAAACUUGAACACUGAUUUAAAUACACUCUUUUACUUGGCAAUAUAAAAAUCAAUGCACACUGCAAGUGCACCAUAAGGAGUGCAUUGAUAAUCCCAUAUAUUCCUUGUGAAGUGGUAAUUUGUCACUGCAGAUACAGGAUUUUAGAGCAAAUAUACUACUUGUCUGACCUAAAACUGAAGUUCUUACAUUUUCCCUGAAGAAUAAUCUUGAAUGGAAAGCUAUUUUCACUCGGCUAUAUGUCAGUAAUCUCAUGCACCAUACCAACACAAAGCAGAAAUGUAGCACAAUUUCAUUAUCGAACACUGCUUAUACCAUGCCUUGCAUGUACACAAGUUAAUGAGUCAGAUGAAGGCAGGUACAAAAUCUCCAUCUGAAGAAAUAACCUUAUUGGUUAAGGUAAGUCAGGACACAAGCCACAAUGAAGAUUUCCCUGGUAUCCAUUAACAGUGUAAUCUUAUGCAUGUUUAAUCAGAAGUAAGACCUAUGACAUUCCAAUAGGAUUUGGUCUCUAGUAAGUGGGUUUAGCACUGGAACCUAAAGAGUUUUUUCCUUCAUGCUGUAUGGAACUGAGUAACUCAGGCUGCAGUCCUAUGCACACUUACCUGGGAGUAAGCCUCACUGAACACAGCUGGACUUAUUUCUGAGUAAACAUGUAUAGAUUGGGCUGUCAAAGGUCCCUAAAAGGGGGCCUACAAGGAAGCUUCCUUUAAAAAAAAAAAAAAAAAAAAAGCUACCUUCUGUGAAAGGCAACACUUCCUGUGGAGAGACAAAUUUAUGGAAUGAGUCAUCUUCAUUAAGGAACUGGAAUAGAGAACAAAGGCAUUAUCACUAUCAUCCUAUAUAGGAGAUGUAGUAGAGGUACUUUUACUCAUAAAUUUUCAAGUCUGUCUUUUAAAAAUAAGCUCUAUUUCCACGUUUCUGAAUUCUGUAUUCAGUAGCAUUUUCUAUGCUCAUAUGUUGUGUACAGUACAUAUAGCCGUGAUGUAUUC